CAUGCCUUCAGGAAUUUGGGGGAAUAUCUCGGGAGGAAAACACAGACACAGAGAUAUUUCCAAGACUUCAUACUUAUCUUUCACGUGCCACAGAGCGGAUUACACAAGCCCCCAGGAUGAGGAGCCUUCUUCAGUUUCUGGCACUCUGUGUCGCGGUCUCUUUCUGCGUCUGCUACGACUCUCAUGAAAGCACAGAAUCCGUUGAAGAUCUGUUUGUGCCUCCGAACCAAGCCAACUCGUUCAUCACGCCACAGAGGGGCAACGUAUACAACCCAGCCAGAGGGAACGGCCACAGCUAUUACAACUUCAUGAGGACGAUAAAGUCUCCAGCGGAGAGGCGUGCGGAGACCUGUGAGGACUACUCUCCCUGCCGCUUCUACGCCCAUCGCCACGGCUUUCAGCAGGCCUACCAGAGAUACUUCAGCUCCCGAAAUCAACCCCAGAGACCAGCCGUGACUCGUCGGUACUAAACAGAAAGUAUCUGUCUGUCGAAAAGCGGAAUCAUCAUUAUCAUCUGGGAAUGAAUGCGCAUUCCUUUACCCCCCCCAUAUCACAACUUUUCUAUGAUUUAUUUGUUGUUUUUGUGGCCUCUUGCGGAUGUGGAAUGGAUCCUGGAAGAAAAACAAGUUCUGUAAACACAGAGGCAUCCAGUGUCACUUACAGGUGUGUAGAAAUUCACGGCCCAUCUCUUGUGUAAUCUCAGGAUAACCUUUAUCCGCUAUUAUCACACCUUCACAGCAUUUAUGAGCUUCAUGCGCUUUAUGCACAACUGAAGUGUUCCGCUCACUAACCGUUUCUCACAUUAUCCACCUAUUUAUCCAGGCCAGCACUGCUGUCAGUGAUUUAUUGUUUUCCAUUGCUUUGAAUAAAUAAAUGAAAUCCCCUUUAUUGGGGUUUAUCUUAA